UGUAAAAUAUUCAAGUGGAAUAUUUGACUGUCUAAAUAAGACAGAAAGAGCUUUAUAGUAAUUAAUUUGGUAUUUUUUCACUUUGAUUGGAUCAAUUAUAAAGUGCCUGUUAUCGUCUUGGAUCGACUACAAGUGAGAUAGCCAGUAUAGAAAAUUCGUAUUCUGCACUUUAUCUAGUAUAAACUAUUGUAAAGAUAGAAGGAAUCGAAGUCAGACCACCAUGACGGCGGCGACGCUCUGGAGAGCAUCAUGUUUCAUUUGUAAUCCCCUGUUUUUCCACGCAUUCAUCACGGACGGAUUAUGUUAGAUUAUCUGCAAAGCCGUGAUGGCCGUUCCUUUCUGCUGGGGAUUACUGCUAAUGCUGCAGCCGGCGUUGUUGCAGUAUGUGACUUGAUUUUUUUCCUGGGUGACGCCUGCCGCGUUUUUCUAGUUAACUAUGUGUUUCGUUGAGCGUUCAUUUUGAAAGGAUUAAUGUGGGUUGGAUGAGCUGUCGGUGGUGACGCUCUGCCCCCACUAGAAGGAUUAAGCGCCAGAUUUUAGACGUCAAUCUUGUUUGCCGGGCGCCGCGUUUCUUAUUAAGACGUUGAGGCCGUUUUUUUUAGUUUUCCUUCAGUCUUUGCAAUCGAUUCUUACUUUUAUAUAGCGUACUGAAAGUUGCGUUGAGGUGUUGUAUACGAAAAAUUACAUCCACAAUUGAGGCAAGAAGUACUCCUUCAUGUAAUUGUAUAGGUAUUAUCAGCUAAGCAAUUUUUCAUUUAAAAAUUUUAUAAAGGAGAGCUAACUUAGAAAGCCCAGCGACGGAUGUCAAUAGGAUUUAAGAAGAUGAAGAGAAAUAAUGCUAUGUGUGAAGUAUUUAAAGUGGUAGGGAGUUAUGUAAAAAAAAGUAAUUCCCGGUCGAAAAUUUUGUAACUUAAGCAGCUGGAGUCAAUAGUAUUGAGGUCAGCAUUAAUAUAAGAAAAGUAUUGUAACGUGCUCAAACGCCCUAAAUCGGAAUUGAUCGGCUAAUCGUUUCAAUACUGUCAACAUUUCUGAUUUUAUCAUAAUUUUAAGUUGUUUGCAAGAUGGCCCACAUGUAGUUAAAUCUUGUAAAGAGAGUCAAUGGGAUUUAUAAGGAGUGCUUGUAGCGUUGUCAAAAGUAAAAUCUUCUUUAAACUUGUGCGAAGGCGUCUAAUCUUUGGAACCUUUAGUGAUGUAUACGCAUCGCCAUAUUGUUUGCCUUAACAACCGGAGUUAAAGGGAUUUAAGCAAUCCAUAUCAGUAGCAAUCGUAAAAGUAGAUGAAAUAGAUAAUGUAUUCACAAACUUAUAUAAAUUGUUAAUUCGUCAUGAUUACAAAUGACCCAUCACCGAAUUAGCAGUCGAAGAGUCAGACUAUCUUAACUCUCUGUACAAACUAAACAAAUAGUUAGUCUCGUCUGUCAUCUAACGCUAAAUGGAUAAGCUCUAUUAUAUUUUUAUUAGUAGGCGAGCGUGUAAUAACAUUUUCUGGCGCGCGUUUAUAUUGUAUAUAUCUUUACAUAAAUAUAUAUUUAUAAAUAGAGAUAUAGCGUAUAUAGCGGCGGCGUUUGCGAGAAUUAUGCGGCGUUUUGCGGGAGGUAAGAGCAUCGAUCGCGUUUCGACCGUCCGGUUUUGCAGUAAUCCGCCGGCCAGUAUUCCGCUCGCGUCGUUAAUCCUUUAAUUAUACUUUACGAUUAAGGCCUACAUCGAUAAGAGGGGGGCGUCGACUAGAAAGUUUUACAAUAAAAGGGCUCUAUUUAAUUUAUUUUCCAUCGCUUUUUUUAACUGGUCACAGGAUUCAAUAUAUUUAUUCCCGCCGUGCAGCUAGACUGACUGUAGCUUCUUCACUGAAAAAGCCUAAUCGUUUAGUGACUUAUCGUACAAUUUUUUUUUACUAUUUAAAGAAAGACUAUCUAAUGUUAAGCGGAAAUAGAAUUUUGAUUUUAAUCUCCAAUUAUCCAACGACCACUCUGGUCGUUUCGAUUCUAACAUGUUUAAGCCUCUACCUCUACUAGUUUCAUUCGACGAAUAUACUGAUUACAAUAGGGUAAUGAUUUCACAUGUUAUCUUAAUUCCCUUUUAGUCACUGUCUAUACAUAAAGGUUCUUUUUAGUAAAAAACAUUACCCAGUUUGCCCUAGUUCCAUCUAAAGCUUAUUGCCGAUUCCACCAUCUAUACAGUCUAGUCGUAUAAGUCCUCAAUAUAAAAAUCGUUUGUGAUUUUAUCUUGAAGUCAGCGCCAAAAAGUAUCAUCUUUAUUUUUCAUAAUGCGCACUAUUUUAUCCUUAACUUACUCUCAAAAAAAUCGAACAGUCAUAUAAUUUUAGACGACAUCCGUCAAAUAAGAAUUUGAAUAAAUGAUUACCAGUGAUAAAUUGUAAUUCCUUUGUACGUCUUAAUAUGUAUUAUGAUAAGUUUUUGGCAUCACUAUAUCCAGUAACGCAUACAGGUGAAAUCUGAACGGUAUGCGAUUAUUGCUUUCGGUUUCUGUCUCUUAAAGUUCAGCAGACACUUAUAGGUCAGAGCAUCCGGCUAGAAAAGAGGCUUAGGUCUAUUGUCAGCCUCCUAACUCUCCGGGGAAUUAGGCGCAGCUCCGAUUUGGCUUUAGGUCGGCGCUUAAAUCGUCGUAAAAAGCUUGCUAAAAAGUAGGUAGAAGCUUUAAGUAGAGGAAGUAUAUGGCGUGAUUUUUCUAAUGCCGACAUGAUCAGCUCUAAGGUCACGACAAUCGGGUCGCUUCGGUCACGCUAGUCUUCCUCCUCCUGUUGUCCGUUAAUUAUUGGCUUUUUUUACUAAAAGGAAUGCUAAGUUUACUCUUGAAGAGGUAAGAGAAUUUUGCGGGUAGUCUUUUUCGGGAUUCUUUCAGUUUGAAAAUUUAUUGUUUCUAAAUUAUCUGUCUAAAAUUUCACUUGAACAUAUUUAUCAGCAGACCUACUAAUGUUUAGUUUUUCUCAUGAUUCUCAAAUUGACUAUUGUUUUUUUAUUGAUUCGUUCAUCGUUAAAAAAAAGAAAUUAAAACAAUGCAAUACACUGACCGUAUUGCAUAUGCGGAGACGUAUUGCAGGCUUGUUUCCUAAGAUAUUCACAAAUAAAUUCACCUGCUUGGGAAUUUGGUGACUUUUUGACACGUGCAAUUAUCUCUUUGUGUAAUGUUGCAAAAGUUAAUUAAAGAUCCAUUUAAACAAAAAAUAAAAAGGGAAAACGAAAGUAUUUUAAGGUGUAUUACACAAUUUUUUUUAACUAAAGAAAACAUAAAAUAUUUUAAAAUCAAGUUUCAUAAGUUUCUAUUAUCUAUAGCCAGCUGUUUGCCGAGUUUGGAAAGGCAGAUAAAAACGUUAAUCCUAGGAUGACCUUAAUCUGAUGUUAAUCCUCGCUCGCUGCGUUUUGUCGAUGCUUAAUGAAGUUUUAUUCGAUUUUUUUCUGAGCUUCUAUAAUUAAAAAGCGAUUACUGUAGUUUCCCUUGUUUUUACCGAAGGCAUGCGGUGAUUUCAAUACAAUACACCGCCGCUAGAUGGAGUGUACAUUUCUAAAAGGCUUAUGCAUCGUUUACGUAAUGGAUUUAAAAAUUUUAGGUUUUAAAUUCUACGGGUAAACGGCGGACUGUUCCUAGGUUACCAUUAAUCCGGAUUAGAAUAAUUCUUUCGUCGAUAUUUCGUUUAAAUAGGAACGAUGCGGAUUAUCCAUAAUCCGGGAUUAUCCCCGGACACGUUUGCGGAUAAAUUUUGUCGGUGCGUCAGAUGGUAAUGCGUUUUCGUCGAGACAACAACUAGUGUUAGGGUAGGAUACUAUGGAUCGUAAGUAUUUAACUAUUUAUACCGACGACUAGAUAAUUUAUAAUAGGCAACAGAGUACGCAACGCAACCCUGUCGCCAUUUUUAUCCGCUUCAAUAUAGCGUUUUUAAAUGCAAUUAAAAAGAUCGGAAAUCUUCUUGCACCAAAAAUGAGAUUUGGAUUAGCCGACAUGUUUAUUUGUUAAAAUGUGGGGGAAAAUUUUGAUAUCGCCGUCUUAAAAAGAUAAAAAGAUGUUUCGUUGUUGUUUGAGGAAUGUUCCAAAGAAUAGUUGAUUAUUACGUAAGAGGCUCUUCAAGUUUUCUUAGCAAUUCCUUAAUUUAGAUAGGUCUACUAGAGUACAAUAAGAAUUAUAUUAUAGGUACCAAGGACAUUUAGUAUUAUUAUUCACAGUAUUAUUUUUACUAUGUCGUGUUUAAAAAUAAAUAAAGCAAAAACUUAUAGCGAGCACUAGGUAGGCUAUUGUGCAUAAGCUAUAAAGGGAGAUUUUUUAAAGGCGCAACGUAGCGUGCUGAACAAGAUAAGCUUUUUCAGGCGCGCCUAGUUCAGGUAUUGAAAUUUCCCUUUUGUUAAAUGAAUUUGGAUGCCUCGCGAGCUUUCGAGAGGGGAAGAGAAUGAACGUUUUAAAGCGAAAGUCAUCGCGUCGCCGAUGCGUAGUGAGAUUAAGAUUGGCGUAGGAAAAACGGUUGAACAAUGGAUUGAAUAGUACAAAUUCCCAGUAGGCAACUUUCGAAAGGCGAUUUCAAUGCGCUGCGCGUUUUUCGAUUAUCCCAUGGAGUCGUGCUGAGAGAAUGUACAGCUUGUCGCCUCUCUAACGAAAUUGGCCAAAUUGAACUAUAGUGAAAGUAUAGUAUUGUAUGCGAGGAGAGAGAAAAUUUCUCUCAGGUGAUAAUCUCUCGCUAAAUAGAACGCGCCCUGUAGAAAAAGUAUUGAAAUCUCCUCUAGAGAUCUGGACAGGUGCGCUUUAAAAUGGAUUUGAAGACAUCUUGAAAGCGAAGGGCAGAUGCAAAGAAUCUUCAUAGUCCAAUGAACAUGGGCGUUGUAAAUCAUUCUCUUGUGUGGUCUUUUCUAUUUUCACACAAGGCUCAUCUUAGAUUAAAUUCUAUAAAAAAGUUAGUCGAUUCUUAUUAAAAUUCGCUUUAAAAAAAAAAACAAAGUUUGAUCUGGUAGUACAGUAGUUGAAUCACGAAUUUCCGACUGGAUAAAGUAGAGAUUAUACGUAAUGAAUAUGCAAAUGACACGGAGGAGGCGUUCAUUGGUUGUUCGGGUUUUCAUAAUAGACUCUACGGGAGAGGGCGGAGCUUAUUUUCUCUCUUUCGCUUUCGCGUCAGUAGAAAGAGUCAUGCUGCCCGUUCAACAUCAAUUCGGAUUAAUGAAGUUUGGAGUUCUGAAGAAUUAUCCACCGAAUUUCGAUCCGGCUGUGAUGGCAGCUGCUAUAGCUUCGAAUCAUGCGAACAAGAGUAUGCCUAUUCACUGUAUUGUUGAGAAGACGCCCUCGACUGUCGAAGUUGACAGUUACGCAAUUUUAUCAAAUUCGACGCCGUUCAACGAAAUAGUCGGAACAGCCCUUCAGAAACUUGGAUUCUCAACAUCCCAAAGUGUUGGAGCAAAAGGUACCAUACAAAUAAAAAAUUGGAAAGCACUGACGUUCGAUACGAUUACCGAUAAUCCGGAUGCUACUGUUGAAGAUUUACUGGCUGAUUUGACAUCAGUUGUAACAUUGAGAAUUCGCCUUUGCAGCUCGUCUAGAGUAAGCGCGAUAGACGAAAUCAAAGAGAAGCUGCUCAAGUUUCUGCUUACGCGUUCUAUAGUUACGCUCCAAAACGCCGGCUGUCCGAUCGAUCAGAAUUUAUUGAAUCGCUUCGCUAACGGAGACUUCACCGUGUCGGAAGCCACAGCUAAAACAUUCGAUCAAUGGUAUAAAAAGCAAUCGGAAGAAAAAGUUUUACUAAAUGGAGGUGGAAUUGGAAUUUCACCAGGCAAUGGAAUGGGAGGGGUAGGGGUUGGUUUAGGUGGUCUAGGAGGUACCUCCUCAGACGAAGCCGCUAAGAGAGCCAGAACGAGCUUUGACCCAGAACACGAGAUUCCAAGACUUCAGACUUGGUUUAAAGAAUGCCAGCAUCCCAGUAAGGAGCAGAUGACCACUUUCUUAGAUGAACUUAAUUCACUCGAAUCGAGGAAGGGUAGAAAGCCGUUGGAUUUAACAAAUAUUGUUUACUGGUUUAAGAACACAAGAGCAGCCAUGAAGAGGUCUCAAAAUAAGUAUAUGACGGAUGAGAAUGAAAAUGAGGCCGUUCAGUCGGCUGACGCUGAGAGUGAAGGUUCCCGAGUACCAGAACUGCCAAAUUCAAAUGCCAUUUAUGUUUUCAAUCCUAACAAUGAGGAGGAGGAGGAAGAGGAUGAUUUCAAUGAAUCUGAGUCAGAUUUUGAAGAGGAGAAAGUUAAGAAAGAGCACCAUGAGGGAUCAUCAUCCAUCAAACAAGAACCGGAAAAUAUAAAGAAGCGACAUCUAUCGGAAGAUGAUGAUGAACCUCGCCAUGUUACUCCUCCGGCCUUUCCAACAUUUCCGCCUUUUACAAGUCAAUCACAGGCCCUGCACAAUGCAAUGCUCCACAAUCCAUUAGCAGCAGCUGCGUCAAUGCAGCUAUUUCAUCCAGCAGCAGCAGCGUUAUACACUCCAUCGAUACUAAACACUCCAAACGCUCACGCGCAACAAUACCCAUCUCCAACUUCGGCACCAGGUCCGAAUGAAACACCGACACCUCCUAGUGGAAGUAGUUUACCAAAUGAUGAGAGAAAGAAGAGGUCAAGAGUGUUCAUUGAUCCACUCUCAGAAAUUCCAAAAUUGGAAAAGUGGUUUGGCGAAGACACGCAUCCAAGUUCGUAUAUGAUCGAAAAGUAUACUGAAGAGUUGAAUAGAAGCGAAUACAGACAUAGAUUUCCCAGAUUGGAACCGAAAAAUGUUCAAUUAUGGUUUAAGAACCAUAGAGCCAAGGUCAAGAGAGCGAGGCUGGAAUUGCCCAGUCAGAAUUCGGAUUUAGUUCAGGACGUUUAAUUACGUACUUUUCACAUCUGCACAGUUUUUGCACACUUACAAAACUAGUCCUGCUCUGCGUUCAAUUCAGAGUGCAAAAAUUUUUUUUUUGUUUCUUUAUGUUUACUUACAUAUACAGUAUAUAUA